AUGGACGAUUUCGUGUCCACACCAGCUGAGCUCCAUGGGGCUAGGCCCCUGGACAACAUGGCACCUGAAUCCCCGAGCAUGAAAAGCGCAGGAGACUCGCUGCAAGGGAGUGCCCAGGACGACACACUGACCCAAAUAAGGCAAGAACUGGCUAUGAUUUCGGAGCACAUACUCACGAAGGCGGAGACAGGGGGCCUGCAGCAGGAGUUCAGGGCGGCAGUGCAGAAGGAGAUCCCUACCCUAAGCACUGACCUGACCGUGGUGGAAGUGAGGGUAGAUGCCCUGGAAACAGAGGCACAAGCAAACCGUACACAGCACAGAGCCGCUGAGCUCGCAACCACCUGCCAGGGCAAUCUCCUCCUUGCCUUGCGCAGUCAGGUUGUAGAUCUUGAAAAACGCAGCCGCUGCCAAAACAUAAGGAUUUGA